AUGGAUCUUGCUACAAGCUCGGAUGACGACGAAUCUCGGACUCGUGCUGGAAAGCGUCGUCGAGUGUCUCGCCGGCACUUCGCCACCGGCGCCGGCUGCUAUACCUGUGCCACACCCUUCUACUUCCCCGACGGAGACAUCGUCCUCAAGGUGAAGGUGCACAUCUUUCUGGGCGUCACUGGCUAUGCUGCUUCUCCUGGAUUGACCGCGCCAGACGCGUCACAAGAGUGGCAGUUCUUCAGGAUCCAUCGGGAGCGGCUGUCGUAUUCACAGGUAUUCGCGGACAUGUUGGAUAUACCCCAGCCCCCAGAAGCGGACAUGCAUGAUGGAUGUGCGGUGGUAGAACUGUACGAUGAUGCUCGAGACUGGAUGGCCACGUUACGCUGGAUGUACGACCCAAGCGUUCUCACCACCAAUCCUGGCCUCGUUACUUUCGACGUCUUAGCCGGCUGCCUUCGCAUAUCUACAAAAUACGACAUUCCAGCCCUACGUGAAUGGGGUAUCUGCGAAAUGCACCGGCGGUGGCCACCCAACGUCGAGGACAUCAACUCCGGCAUCUCGUUUCCGCACGCAGCGGAAGCCAUAAACCUCGCGCGAGAAGUCGAUGUUCCCGAUGUCUUACCUGCCGCAUUCUACUCAUUGUCGCUCCAGAAGUGGCGUGCCAGCAGCGAAGGCGGCCGGUCACACAUGAUCCUUUCGCUUCACGAUCUUAGGCGCCUUAUCGUGGGCCGGGAGGCUCUCGAAGAGGUGACUCUGGGAAUGCUACAGAACCCCUUGCCCUCUGAGGACCGGGUCUGCUCUGCAUGCACACCAGGUCUUGAGCGUCUGUGGAGGGAGGCGCUCGGUCCGGAGCCUGAUAUGCCUUGGGUGCACGGAUGCUGGCUUCUGCGGGCGUUGCGGUCGCUCACGAACUGGACUCCCCCAAGUGGUGACGCACAAGUAUGCGCGGGAUGCGCGGACUACAGCGCAAGUCUUGCCCACGUGCGUUUGCGGGAGGUCAAGCGCAGGAUGGCACAGUGGUUUUUGCUGGAAUGAGAAGUUUGCGAAGAUGUAGAGUAUAGUUAGCUUACUUUAUCCUGAUCUGCUCAUAAGUAUAUUGC